GUGGGCGACAGUCAGGUGCGGUAUCUUCAAAGGCGGCUCAUGAAUAUUAAUUGUGGUACGCACACGUUUAAAGAUGACGCAAUAAAUAUUCAUCAUGGUUUGUGACGGCUGUGGUGGUGACUCAAAGACCACUAUUGUCACGAAGUAACAGCCACAAGCAGGAAAUUCCCGCAUUCAAGGACAACGUAAAAUAAUAUCAGAGCUGAUUAAAGAGCAAAAAAAGGAAGAAAAAAAGCAAAGAACAAUACAAUAAAGUUAGUUUCUGAAAAUGUCUGGAGCGGAGUUUGAUACGGAGUUUCUGUAUAUCCUACCCGCGUUUGUUAUGAAUGACUUCAACCGGUUUAUGGAUUCACUCUCACACUCAGACUGGAUAUUAUUCGCUUCACAGGUAAUAUCAGACCAGAUCGAACUACGCCUUUUGGAGCAAAGCCCCAGGCGGACAGACGACCUCAUGCACAAAUGGGGCUCUCGCAACGGGACGGUCGGAGAACUGCUGACGAUUCUUGAGGGCUUGCAAUUGUUUAGGGCCCGUGAUAUCAUCCUUAAAUACAGAUGUAUACCGCAGUUUUGCUCAGAGCAGCCUUCAACAGUGCCACCAGUCCCUGCAUGUCAAAGCAGUACAGUCACCUUUGUCAAAGAGUCUCUCCCUGUCCCCGAAGUCAGGCCUCUACCCAAGCCUAGCCCCCCACCGCCUGAUCUGGACUCUAUGGAUUCAAGAAUCUCAAAUAUAGAGAGCCUGUUUGAGAACCGCGUGGAUCCCCUGCCUUUUUCCUCCACUGCGAUGAGCUGGCCGUUUGAGGAAGUACAGAGAUGCACAUGCAACUUUUCCCCGUGCAAGCAGAUUGGAGAAGGAGGUUUCGGACACGUGUAUAAAGCUGUGAUGAGAAACACAGAGUUUGCUGUGAAGAAGCUGAAAGAAGACUCCCAUUUGGACUGGAAUGUCGUGAAGGAAAGUUUCAGGACGGAAGUAGAAAAGUUAUCACAAUACAGACAUCCCAACAUAAUGGACCUUGCUGGCUACAGUAUAGAAGGACAAACUUAUUGUUUAAUAUAUUCUUAUAUGCCAAACGGCUCUUUAGAGGACCAGCUUCGAUGUGAGGUCUGUGUCCUUCAUUACGCUGGUUUCUUUCAGGACAGUAACGCCCUCUCUUGGUCACAACGUGUAAAUGUGUUGCUGGGCACUGCCAAAGCUAUUCAGUACCUGCAUUCAAGCUCACCUGCACUCAUUCAUGGAGAUAUCAAGAGCUCUAACAUCCUUUUAGGGAAUCACUUGGAGCCCAAGCUGGGGGACUUUGGAUUGGCACGUUUAUGCCGGAACCCCAACAAAACCCCAGGCAAGAUGUCCACCGUGGCUAAAACCGCUACGGUCCGGGGAACUCUUGCAUACCUCCCAGAAGAAUACCUGAAGGAUGGACAGCUUGGAGUGGAGAUCGACGUCUACAGCUUUGGAGUGGUCAUGCUAGAGGUGCUUACUGGGCGGAAGGCUCUGGAGGUCGAUGCCCAAUCCAGAACUGUUUACUUGAAAGAUUUAGUAAAAGAGGAGGAAGAUGAUGGAAGAAGCUUUAGCAAAGGGAAGCACUCGCGGGAGCUGUCCUAUGCUCAUGCAGUGGAGAACAUCUGCAGGAAACAUCUGGAUCCUCGACUGAAGUUUAAAGACAACCCUACCCCGCAUGGAUCGAUGGAAAUCUCUCAGCUGGCAUGCCAGUGUUUAGACCGACGACGGAAGAAGAGACCUCGCAUGACAGAAGUGUUCAAAGCACUUCAAGAUGUGCAUUCAGAGUUGAAGACCUUUGGCAGAUCGACCACGGUCAGAAUGUCUCCCGUAUCAUCUCAUCCAUCCACCCCUGAGCCUCUGUGCUCUGACAGCAGCUCCCUGGACUCUCUCGCCCAUCAGUUCUCCAAACUCUACCCUCAAGAGAGCACGUACCCCUGCCUUCACAAGACUAUCUAUCCCACCGAGACUCAGUCUAGCUGCUCAGAGUCAGAGUUGAAUGCUGAAUCAUGGGCUUCACAGUCCUCUGGCAUGCCGUGUGAAUCGGAUGAGAGUCAAGGCUUUUCUCAAUACUUGACAAAUCACUGUAGCAGAGCUCAGGAGAAGUCAUCUGGGGCCUGUGGCAUUCAGAACACUAAAACAAGUGGUUCUUUAGUGGAAAGCCCUUCACAGUCCAGUACGAAUAAAGAUUUUUCUGACCAGAGAGUGUUUAUCAAUCCUACGAGGCAGCAACUGGUCCAAAAAAUUGAGCUUUAUGAAGAGGGAAGGAUUUUAACUUCUGAUCUGCUGUCAUCAGGCACCUCAUUAUACCGAGGGAUGAAUGCUGAAACGAGGGAGCCAGAAGAGAGUGAUGAGUUUGCAUGUGAGACAUCUGGAAUCAACAUGCAGUCGCCUGCUGCAGUUUAGCACUGGAUGUUUGGGAUCAAGCAAAUAUGUUGUUCAAAUAUUACAUGAAAUUAUGGUUAUGGUAGAGAAAAUGCCUCCGUAAAUACCUCUGCCAAAGCUGCAGAUGUAUAAAAAGUGGUACAGAUGAAGAAAGCUCUGUAGUUAUGAACCUGUGAAUCGUGACUGACAAGCCAAAGAAAUAUAAAAGUGCAUAAUUUAUUGUUAUACGCCUGUUGUUUUGGCGACCAAAUGUCUGCUUGUUGUUGUUUUUU